GGAUAAAUGUCAUCAAUCUAGUAAAAGGUGUCAGUCGGGGUGAACUUUUUCAUCUGUCAUCGGAUUCAUGAACUUUGAAGGUAAAGAAGCAAAAUGGCACACCCUCGGCCUCUCCUGUUCGGUCUAAAUACAUUGGCUGUGGUAGUAUCUCUGGUGUAUAGUGGUGAUUUUACCACAAAGAACGAAGAAGACUGCCAUUUGCUGCAGAUGAAGAUCCCAACGAUCCAGGACCAGAUCACAAUGAGGCUUCAAAGCCCAGAAUUCAUUGCCGAUGACUUCAGUAAGCUGGGAGUGAUGUGUGGGAUCGAGUGCCAAAGAAACCUGCCAAAACUGAGGCCUUCCGAGCUGGAACGAUUGCUCUCAUACGAAACAAUCUACGCGAAUGGAACGCGCACCUUCACCAAAAUCAAACUGAAUGGGGUCACCGAUUUAAAAAACACGUCUGUUGUCUGCAAGCCGGGACACCUCAAGCGCAGGAAACGACAGGUGUAUGGCAUAGAUGGGCGCUUUGUGAUCACAGAUAAACAUUUCACCACCAACUACCCGUUUUCUGCCUCCGUGAAGCUUUCCACCGGCUGCUCGGGAAUCCUGGUGUCCCCAAGACACGUUCUGACUGCGGCUCACUGUGUUCACGAUGGACGAGGCUAUCUAAAAGGAAGCAGGAGACUCCGAGUGGGUAUCAUGAAGCUUCGCUCCAAACGCAAGAGAGGGCAGCAGCGAGGGAACAGGAGGAGAGGACAGAAGAUGAAAGAUAGUCAAGUGAAAAAUACGGAAAAAGAUGUAGCCACUGAAGGACAAGUAGUUAAAAAAGACAAGGAACACAGGAGAAAGAACCGUAUCAGACGUAAUUCUGAUUCAGAUCAGUCCAAAUUAACAGAGACAGACUCCAGGCAGCCAUCGUUCCGGUGGACGCGUGUCAAACUAACACAAGUGCCAACUGGCUGGAUGAACAGAGAGGGAAAUGAAGUCUCAGCUGACUAUGAUUACGCCUUACUGGAGCUGAAAAGACCCCAGAAGAUGAGAUACAUGGAAUUAGGCAUCGUUCCUGUAGUCAAAGACAUCCCAGCAGGAAGAAUUCACUUCUCUGGUUUUGAUAACGAUCAGUCGGGGAAGGUGGUCUACCGUUUCUGUUCAGUCUUAGAGGAAUCCAACGAUCUACUGUACCAGUACUGUGAUGCUCAAAAUGGAUCUAGUGGAGCUGGAGUGUACGUACGGCUCCAAGAGCCCGACGGUAAACGUGGAGGGAAAAGAAAGUGGAGGAGAAAGGUUAUUGGUGUGUUCUCUGGACACCAGUGGGUGGAGGUUAAUGGUACACAGGAAGACUUUAAUGUUGCAGUCAGGAUUACACCUACAAAAUAUGCCCAGAUAUGCAACUGGAUACAUGGAGAUGCCAGCCGCUGUAAACUGGUGUAAUUAUAUUUAUAACAGGUGUAACAUGUCAACAGGUCCUCAGAAACUGGUGCUGUUUGAGGCCAAAAAUGUGACAUUGCACAUACAAAGCAUCUGUAGUAGAAUUUUUUGCUAGGAAAGUGACGCUGUAGUAUUUAUUUUUCAAAUGGCUAAAUUUGAGAUUGUUGGCAUGUUUAUGUUCAAAUCUCCAGCAAAGUUCACAGUAAUUCAAUUAACUACUGAAAUGAAGCAAAGCAGCUUGACUUAUUCAAAAUUGUACUUAGCAACCCAAAAAUAAAAGUUUGGUCAAUAUUUUCUCAACCCCCUUUCAUUGCAAAUCAGGUCUUGUUUCCGACAUAGAACAGGUAGUGACUUUUACUUCUGCUAUAUGCACUUUUAGUUUGAAUGUGUUGUGUUGCUAAAAACUUUAAUCUCU